AAAGAUUGCUUAAGAAAGUAGGUGCUUCAAUGAAUUAGCUAUUUUAAUCGUACCUAGUCAUAUUAUGAGAGUACUACAGUUUUGUGAAAUUCGAGUUUGUUUAUUCUUAAAUAUUUAUUAGUGUAUUAUCCGUAACCCGGGUUAUUUUUAUAGACAAACUUAUAAAUAGUAAAGUUCAACAGCCAAACGAGAGUAUACAAAUGUUCCAUUCACGCAGGUGAACACGAAUUGCACGUAUCAUACAUAACCUCACUGUGAACGUGUGUUGUUUAAUAGUUAAUGUUUUAGGCCUUUCUCCUAUUGACUAUGCUACCGACACGAUCAUAACACAACACCACUAUGGACUUCAUCAUCGGCGGCUUAGCCGCCAUGGGUGCCAGCGUCUUCAGCAACCCUUUCGACGUCCUCAAAACACGAAUGCAGCUCCAGGGCGAGCUGAAAGCCCGAGGCCAUCACGCCAUCCACUACAAGAACACUUUCCAUGCGGCUUACGUAGUCGCCAAAAACGAAGGCAUCCGCGGUCUUCAAAAGGGACUAGGCACAGCCCUCAUAAUGCACAGUGUACGCAACAGUGUGCGCCUAGGAACUUACCAAUCGUUAAGCAAUCACGGGUUUAUAUGUGACAGUGAAGGCAAGACGAUCUUAUACAAAAGCCUGUUGGCCAGUUCCUUCAGUGGGGCUGCUGGGGCUUUCUUUGGAAGCCCGUUCUUUCUAAUCAAAACGCAGCUGCAAUCUCAGGCGGCCGAGGCAAUAGCUGUAGGGCACCAGCAUGGUCACUCAGGUCUGACUGCAGCCCUUAGAACAAUUUAUGUGAAGCAUGGAAUUAAAGGGUUGUGGAGAGGGGCUAAUGCGACAAUGUUGCGAGCGGUCGCUGGGUCGUCGGCGCAACUUACCAGUUUUGCCAAAGCUAAGGAUUUUUUGAGAGAGUAUGAGGUGUUUCGACAUUCCACGGUAUUGACUGCGUUUGGUGCGAGUAUUGUUGGAGGAAUUGUGCAGACGCUGUGUAUGACACCGUUUGAUCUGGUUUCGACGCGGUUAUACAACCAAGGAACCGAUAUCCAUGGGAACGGGACCCUGUACAAAGGAAUAAUCGACUGUUUCAUUAAAACUUACAAAUCUGAAGGAUUUGUCGGUCUCUACAAAGGAGUAGGUGCAAAUUAUAUGCGUCUUGCUCCACAUGGCGCCUUCUGUUUAGUAUUUUGGGACAUAUUAAAAGAUUUACAAAAUACGUAUUUGAAAUAAAUUUGUGAUAAAUUUAAAUGAAACUUAUGUUGAACGAAUCGGAGAAAUUAAGACGAUAAGUAUUAAUUUAUUUUAAUAACUAUAUGUACAAUAUAGCUGAACAGAGCUUUAUAUUAAAUGA